CGCUGUUGGAGGGUCUCUGGCAUCUAAGCCGGAGCGUGCGGACGUUGAAAGUGAGGCAGACGCCCCGUAAGCCGGUCGCCGCGCGGAAAGAGGCCGGGACUCGUCGGUCGCCGCGGGCUUGUGGAGGCCCACGGCGGCGUCGACAGCGCUCUGGACAUGGAGCCUCCGCCCGCGAGCAGCCAAGACGACGCCGCUUACCGCGGCCCAGGCGUCGAGGAGCUCCGAGGAGAACGGCCUGAUACGAAGCCUGUGGUGAUCUCAGUAACCACAGGAGACGUCGAGAAGGAUCUCGAGUCCGAGCCUGAGCUGGGGGCAGAGGCAGCCGCAGAAGAAAGCCACGGUGGCGCGGGAGCUCCCGGCCCCGUGGACGACGAAAACCAGAGGGGGGGCGGCGGCGACGGCGGCGGCGACGAGGAGGAGGAGGAGGAGCCCCCGCAGCAGCAGGACGAGGCCUCCGCAGCCGCCGAGGGGCCGCAGCCCCAGGACCCGCAGCAGCGCCUCCUCCGCGGCUUGUUCACCCGGUUGGAGCUGAAGGAGCUGGAGAGCGUUUUCCAACGCGCUCAAUACCCUGACGUGUUCGCGCGAAAGGAUCUUACAAUAUGCGUGGAUGUGUCAGAGACCAGUAAACCUGAAAAAAGCAAUUUGCCUGGGGAGCAAUCGUAAAACCUGCUUCACGUCUGAUGCUUCUGUUCUACACAUUCCCAACUUGUUUUGGUUGUCUUUUCCAUGUUUGGAAAAUAAGUUUUGAAGUUUAGGGCUUUGGUGAGUGGAAAAUGGGAUAAGUAAACCCUACUUUAUGGAAAUUGCCCAUUACCAGGAUUUUGAUUUCUUGAAGGAAAACGAUAAAAGAGAACCUGCUUCUCCUAUUUCCUGUGCAAAAUUAAAUACAAAUAAAGUUUUACUCUUUAUGACAUA